UUUGCAUGAACAGAGAAGCAGUAUGCACCGACCAAACUGGCUCAGACUAACAGGAACAGCAGAGAGGCGAAACACAGAGCAGCAACCAGUGUGGGGAUACAUGACUAACUGAAAAAAUAGCAGGGAGAAGCAAUGUCUCUCAGAGCAGAGGAGGAUCUCUGCUGCUCCAUCUGUCAGGAUGUCUUCAAUGAUCCUGUUGUCUUGUUCUGCAGCCACAGCUUCUGUAGAUCCUGCCUGAAUAACUGGUGGGAUGGGAAAGUCAUACUGGAGUGUCCUCUAUGUAAGAAGAGAUCGGCCACAAGGGAUCCUCCCAGCAACCUGGCUUUAAAAAAGCUCUGCGAGAAAAUCCUUUCGAAGGGAAGGAAGAAACCUGCUCCAAAGCCAAAGGUUAUCUGCCGUCUCCACGGUGAGAAAUUCAAACUCUUCUGCGUGGAGCACAGGGAGCCUUUGUGUCUCGUUUGUCAGCAUUCAGAUGAACAUGCUGGACACAAGUUCAAACCCAUCAAUGAAGUCGCCGAGGGGCAGAAGACAGAGCUCAGAAAGGCCCUGGGGCCCCUACAGCAGAAGCUGAAGGUCUUCAGAGAGGAGAAAGGAAACCUGAAUGAGACGGUGAAGCACGUUAAGCUCCAGGCUGAACAGACGGAGGGACGGAUCAGGGAGCAGUUCAGGAAGCUACGUCUGUUUCUCCAGAGGGAAGAAGACACCAGGAUUGCUGCUCUGAGGACAGAAGAAAGCAAGAAGAUCCAGACGUUAAACCUAAAGAUUGAUGCCCUCAAUAAAGAGAUUGCUGCUCUUUCCCGGAGCAUCAAUGAAACAGAAGGAAUGCUGAAAGCUGAGGAUGCUUUGUUGCUGCUGAAAUUCAAGACUGCUGUGCAAACUCUCCGACAGCGCCCCCUGCUGGACGACCCGCAGCCCGUCUCAGGGGCCCUGAUAGAUGUGGCCAAACACCUGGGAAACCUCCCCUUCAACAUCUGGAGCAAGAUGAAACAUCUGGUGUCCUACACUCCUGUGGUUCUGGACCCGAACACGGCCAACUUUGAGCUCAUCCUGUCCGAGGAUCUGACCAUGCUGAGAUGCGGACAGAAACAGAACCUCCCGGACAACCCAGAGAGGUUCGACUUCUUCCGCAUCGUCCUGGGCUCUGAGGGCUUCAUGUCAGGAAUCUACAGCUGGGACGUUGAUGUUGGAGAAAACACAGACUGGUUUGUGGGCGUCGCUUCACAGGGAGUCCAGAGGAAAGGAAUUCAUCCGACCCGUCUGUGGAGAAUAGGGUGCUUGAAGGGUAAAUACACAGCUAGGGCCCUUUCAGAACCUUCCACGGUUCUGGCGGUGAACGGAAGCCUCAGCAGGAUCAGGGUCCUCUUGGACUGGAACAGGGGGAAGCUGAUGUUCUUCGAUCUUGAUAGUAACACUAUCAUUCACACCUUCACUCACUCCUUCACUGAGAAACUGUUUCCAUACCUCAACACCUCCAGUGAAUCACCGCUGAAGAUAAUACCUGAACCUUUAUCUCUGAGGCUGAGUUCAAACAAAUAGCAAAGCUGCUAAAAUCCUCCAGGAGCUUCAGCAUCGACCAAAAUCCACCAAAUCAUCCUGUGAUGAAGUCGGUGUUGUUCCAUUAUUAUUAAAAGCAAAGAAGUUUUGAUACAAAUGCGAUGCAGAAAUUUUAAUUUAGCAGUUUUCCUAAUAAAAAAAAAAAGUUUUGAGACUAAAUUUAGUGUUUAGGGCGUAGAGCUUGGAAUCCUGAGCUUCUGAGUUCGAGCCCCACUCCCACAGACUGCCACUCUGGGUCCCUGAGCAAGACCCUUAUACUGCUCUGACUGUGACUAACUGGAUGUGCUCUCUUCAUCCUCUGA